UGAGGUUACAUCUUUUCAAAUGUUCCUCAAUUAAUAUAUAAGGGAUAUAUAUUUAACAAAAGUUCCUUUGAUUUGUGGUGUCUUUCUGGUGGAAAAAAUAAAUAAAAUCACAACGUGAGCAGAAGGAAAAAAAAGAUAUAAAGCGUUUAUAAUUACACCGACCAUGGACUAUUUGAUCUGGAAAAUAUAAAGCUAGCCAUGAUGUGAGGAAACUUUGAGGAGUGAGAACGACGGCAUAUGAUUGACCAGUCCUAAAACUAUGAAUGUUGUUAUUGAAUAGACAAGCCAUAAGAUUAUUUACCUUACGCGAUUCUUAGCUUGUUCCACUAACUACAUUCCAGAUAAUAUCCUGACAAAAACUCUGAAACCGCAUAUUUGAUCGAUGGACUAAUCUCUGAAAUUUAAACUUUAGCUAACAACAAUAAGAAAUAUAUCAAAUUAUCCUCCUGGCCUUUUAGAUAAAGUUGACUUUCCAUUUAAACAAAGUAGGCUCACUUCAGCAUUCUUCUUCCUCUACGCAAAAUCAGAUUAAACUUAAAAAUAUUAGUUGCCUUUCAGUUUUUGUCGGAAAUUCCCGACAAAUUUAGUUCCCUCGAGAAUUCUGUCGAAAUUGACUAUAUUUUUUGUAAUGAUGUAAGACAAUAUUGAACCAGCAUAUCACGCAUAGUUCACAAAAAAAAAAAAAUACAAAUUGAUAAGGUGAAUUAACAAUAUUCUACAUCACCUACUAGGUGCAACCUAAAGCAAAGUUAGCAAAUAAUUCAACCUGACCUAAUCCUAUAAAAAAAAAUGUGUAACGCCUUCAUUCAGAGCGACUCACUGGUCCAAAAGUAAUUAUUCUUUAAAAGAACGUCUAUGUGUGUAUAAUGCAUAUUUGGUUAUAUAUAACUUAAAGGUAUAUGAGCGUUGACAUAGAAACACUUUUAUUAGGUUCAAUAACCAACAAUCCCAAUAAUAUACAAUCCGAGUUUAUAUGGAAAUGGAGCAAGUCGUCUUCAAUAUUUUAUCAAGCGACGAUCUUGAAUGUAAGAUUAUGAAGAAAGUCCCAUCAAACCUAAAAGGAAGAAUACACAUACCCAAACCAAUUCAGCAACUUCACCAAGUCAAUCAUAUAUAUAUAUAUAUAAUUACAAGCAAGACUUAUGAUUCAUCAUCAAAAUAUCUAGCUCCUCCUUUGAAGAUUCGGAAAGGAAUAAUCCCAUAAUUUCCCCUCUUCUUAGUUAUUUCCCAUGGAUAUAGAAAAGGCCGGUAGCAGAAGAGAAGAAGAAGAACCCAUUGUUCAAAAGCCAAAGCUAGACAAAGGAAAAGGCAAAGCUCAUGUGUUUGCUCCUCCUAUGAACUACAGUCGAAUCAUGGAAAAACAUAAGCAAGAAAAGGUGAAUAUGGCCGGCUGGAAAAGAGGUGUAGCAAUCUUUGAUUUUGUACUUAGACUCAUUGCAGCCAUUACGGCCAUGGCCGCUGCAGCAAAGAUGGCAACCACCGAAGAGACUCUUCCUUUCUUCACUCAGUUCUUGCAGUUCAGUGCUGACUACACCGAUUUACCAACGUUGUCAUCUUUCGUUAUAGUAAACUCAAUCGUGGGCGGUUACCUAACCCUCUCAUUGCCUUUCUCCAUUGUCUGUAUCAUCCGGCCUCUCGCCGUGCCGCCUAGGCUCUUCCUCAUCUUAUGUGACACGGCGAUGAUGGGCCUCACAAUGAUGGCAGCAUCGGCUUCUGCAGCGAUAGUUUAUUUGGCGCACAACGGGAAUUCAAGCUCGAAUUGGCUUCCGGUUUGCCAGCAGUUUGGUGACUUUUGCCAAGGAACGAGCGGCGCCGUGGUGGCUUCCUUUAUUGCAGCGGCUCUUUUGAUGUUCCUCGUCGUCCUCUCUGCAUUUGCUCUCAAGAGAUCGACUUGAAAGCUUGUAAUGAAAUUCAUUUGUGUGAAAAUUUUAAAAGGGUCAGAUUAUGAUUUGUCUUUUAUUGUGUUGUGUAACUCGAAUGUACUGUGGAUCAUGUUGUAAAUCAGUCUCA